AUGAUAGAAGAAGACUGGAAUGCUGAGAUAGGGGACGAGGUGUUAGUCCCAUCCCUUGAGAAGGUUAGCUUGCUUGAGAAACCAAAUGACCCCUCAUCUGUCUUCAGUCAAAGUGUAGACUCAUUUGGCACUGAUGAAUUUCUGGACACACAGCAUCAGUCAGUGAGUAGUUUUGGUAGAGGAAGGAAUUUUGCAGCCAAAGGUUUUCAAGAGGGAAAUGAAGAAGAUGCCUUUACACAAAACAGAGGGUUUAAAGGAUUUGGACAAGGUGAGAGUUUUCAAGAACGAAGUUCUGUAGAUGGUGCUAGUACACAAAACAGAGGGUUUAAAGGAUUUCGUGGUGGCCUUGGACAAGGUGAGAGUUUUCAAGAGGGAAAUGAAGAAGAUGCCUUUACACAAAACAGAGGGUUUAAAGGAUUUGGACAAGGUGAGAGUGUAGGUUUUCAAGAACGAAGUUCUGUAGAUGGUGCUAGUACACAAAACAGAGGGUUUAAAGGAUUUCGUGGUGGCCUUGGACAAGGUACUAAAGAUGGGCAAAGGAACGCACUGCAGUCUGGAACUCCUGGUUCUAGAGAAGGAGGAACACUUGCAGAUGGUGCAGGUCCAAAGGUGACUUACGUGCCUCCUCCUCCACCUGAUGAUGAACAAGCCAUCUUUGCACAUUAUCAGACAGGAAUUAAUUUUGACAAGUAUGAUGAAAACAUCGUUGAAGUAUCAGGAUUAGACCCUCCAGCAGCAUUAAUGAGUUUUGCAGAUACUAACAUGUGUCAUACUUUAACUGUGAACAUUGCUAAAGGUGGAUACUCUAAACCUACUCCAGUGCAGAAGUACAGCAUUCCUAUUAUACUGGCAGGACGGGAUUUAAUGGCAUGUGCUCAGACAGGAUCAGGAAAAACUGCAGCCUUUCUCAUACCAGUUGUGGCCCAAAUGAUGAGGGAUGGUGUAACUGCCAGUAGCUUUAAAGAGCAGCAAGAACCAGAAUGUAUUAUUACUGCCCCAACCAGAGAACUGAUAAAUCAGAUCUUCCUAGAAGCAAGAAAAUUUGUAUAUGGAACUUGUAUAAGGCCUGUUGUGAUCUAUGGAGGUACACAAACAGACUAUUCAAUUCGUCAGGUAAAGCAAGGCUGUAAUAUACUGUGUGCCACUCCAGGAAGGCUUCUAGACAUCAUUGAAAGAGGAAAGAUUGGUUUGCACAAUGUGAAAUACUUGGUGCUUGAUGAAGCGGACCGCAUGCUUGACAUGGGUUUUGGUGCAGAUAUGAAGAAGCUGGUAUCUUUCCCAGACAUGCCACAAAAAGACAAACGCCAAACACUAAUGUUUAGUGCCACUUUUCCGGAAGAAGUUCAGAGGCUAGCUGGUGAAUUUUUGAAAACUGAUUUUUUGUUUGUUGUUGUUGGACGUGUGGGUGGAGCAUGCAGUGAUGUUCAGCAAAAUAUUCUUCAAGUUCCUCAGUAUUUCAAGAGGGAUAAACUGAUAGAAAUUCUACACAGCAUAGGUAAUGAACGAACCCUGGUCUUUGUGGACACAAAGAAAAAAGCAGACUUCAUUGCGUGCUUUCUUUGUCAAGAAAACAUACCAGCCACUAGUAUCCAUGGCGAUAGAGAACAGAGAGAAAGAGAAAUAGCUCUUCGGGAUUUUCGUUCUGGAAAAUGUCCAGUCCUUGUGGCAACCUCAGUGGCAGCAAGAGGUCUGGACAUUGAAAGCGUUCAGCAUGUUAUUAAUUUUGAUCUUCCUUCCACCAUUGAAGAGUAUGUACACCGAAUUGGGCGAACUGGUCGUUGUGGAAAUACAGGGAAAGCAGUUGGCUUCUUUGAUAACAAUUCAGAUGGUCAUCUUGCACAAUCUCUAAUUAAAGUGCUUUCAGACGCUCAGCAGGAAGUUCCUGUUUGGUUGACAGAAGUUGCUUUUGAGGCUGAAGGAGGACGACUCCCAGUUAAUGCCCAAAAGAAUUACAGAGGCAGAGGCAAAGUGAAUGCAGGAGAAGUAAAGAUUGGGUGUUCUGCAAGAGAAAUUGAGUCAUGGGAUUGA